GAUGGAGAGUGUGAAGAUGAGGACAUGGGGAGGGAUAGCAAAGGUUAUGGGGAUAGUGUUUUGUGCAGGAGGAGCAUUAACAAUAGCAUUUUUUAAGGGUCCAACAAUGAAACUUUUGAUGCAUCAUCAUCUAUUUAGCUAUCAUGGUCAAGUGCAAAACAGUGCUGCUUCUGGCAAUACAUGGAUCAAAGGUGUCUUCCUUAUGUUGCUUGCUAAUGCAUUAUGGGCUACAUGGCUUGUCAUGCAGAACCAAGUUCUCAAGAGUUACCCAUCAAAGCUACUAUGUACAACUCUACAAUGCUUCAUGAGUAGUAUUCAAUCAUUUGUUUUUGCCAUAGCUUUAGCAAGAGAUCCUUCUGAAUGGAGACUUGGAUGGAAUGUUAGACUCCUCUCUGUUGCCUAUUGUGGAAUAAUUGUGACUGGAGUUACAUUUUAUUUACAAGCUUGGGUUGUUGAAAAGAAAGGCCCAGUUUAUAUGGCUAUGACUACACCUUUGGCCUUAAUUUUUACAAUUGCUUCUUCUGCUGUGUUUUUUGGAGAGAUCAUUAGUUUGGGAAGCAUUUUAGGAGGGAUAUUGUUGGUUGGUGGUCUAUACUGUGUACUUUGGGGAAAAUCUAAAGAACAAAUUAUGAAAACUUCAAAUAUUGAAGAUAUUGAAAAGGCAGAGAAUGGAUCAAAGGAAGAAUCAAUCUUGGAGAAACAAUCCUCCACACCAAAUGCUCGAAUCCAACACGCUUGUUCUCCAACUUAAUCAGAAGUCUCAAAAAUUAAAAAUAAUAAUUAAUGUAUGUUCACUGGUUAAAAUAAUUUAUUGUUUGUUCGUAUAAAAUAAUUAUUAUUCGUAUCGUAUGUAUCUCACGCGCAAGAAAGAAUCCUUUUGGCAAGGAGGGGUUUAGGAGCUUCAAUCUCAUUGUUAACAAUUAGCAUAGUGUUUAGGAUAAUUCAUGAUCAGAUACUAAUUGAGUUUUAUGUUGUAUGUGGGAACUAGCUAUAUUAAUGUGACUAUUAAUAAAGGUUAGUAGUAAUCUAGUGUUAUUAUUAUUU